GGAGGGUAAAUUUUAAUGGCAGUCACUGGUGCUAUAAAAUAAAUUAAGUCCGGAAUCUGGGAAGGAUUCAUGACAAUUUCGGUUAUCAAUGUAGCUCUUUAAACGCGUUUUUUUCCGGGUACAUCUGCGUCGUAUUUGUAAACUGUAGCUAUCGUUGUUGCACGAAGUUAAGGCUUGUUUUGUGCGAUUACAGUACGCCAGAGUCAGACUAGGCCCAGCCGGGUGCAGAAGAAGCGGUCCCACUGAGUUGAGAGAGAGAAUAUGUAACAUAUCAAUCAUGACAUCCAGAUUUGGUAAAACCUACAGCCGUAAGGGAGGGGAGGCCAACUCCAAAUUUGACGAGGUCUUCUCCAACAAGAAGGCCACACUGAGCACCAAAUGGGGAGAAACCACUUACAAGGCCCAGCUGGGCUCCAAGCGGCCCCUUCAGAAGCCUGAGGUAGUUGAGUUACUCAAGAGGCCCCGCAUUGAGGAUGACGACAGCUCAGAGGAUCCUUUUGGUUUUGACAGCGACGAUGAGUCCAAUCCUGUCACCUCCCACUGUGUGCCCCAGUCUGAACCAGCUGAAGGUGAGGCCAGUAAUACGCCGCCUGCUACAACCACAGUCCCAGUGGAUAACAGUAGGAACAGCACAGCUACAGGCAAGCAAACAUUGUCCAAUGAGGGUGCAGAAAAGAGUAGCCAGUCCUUGUACAGAAGUAAAUCGGACAGUAACCAGAAGCCUAUUGCUCAGUCCUCUGUUACAAAGACUGUUCCCAAGGACCCUUAUGUGGAAUGGAGCUUAAUAGGGACCCAAAGGUCUUCUACCUCCACUAGCAUGGACCCUGUCCAGGAAAAAGACUCAGCUGAGGCACCAGAGUUUAGCGGAGACUCACAGUCCUCUUCUUCCCAGGAUGGGCUCUCAGCUGCGAUGAAAAGUGCUCAACAGGAGGCCCAGGCCGAGCCUGUUGACAACCUUCCCCCCUCCCCGUUCCUCCUCAGGCCCUCCAACACUAGGAAAUACAUCCGUCCCAAACCCAACAAGGCCUCUGACGUUCCAGAUGCUUCUGCUGCUUGCGACGUCAAACUGCCUGUAGCCGCCAGCGUUCCGGCUGCACUGAAGCCCAACAGUGUGUCUGCUGCCAGCGGUAGCGGCGGUGCUAAUGCUAGCACGACGGCGGCCAAACCUGCUGGCAGGGGUCGGGUACGGGACUAUACGGUGCUGCAUCCAUCCUGCCUGUCGGUGUGUAACGUCACCAUCCAGGACUCCAUAGAGCGCAGCAUGGACGAGCUCAUCACCAGCACACCCCCUACUGACCUGCGGGCGGUGGGACGGCUGAGGAAGAAGGCAGACGUACCUCCAACCAAACCCAACAGGUUCCGCACCACCCAGAGUAAAUCCAAGAAGGAGACCAAGCUGGAGUUUUUUGGCUUUGAGGACAAGGGUGACCAGGAGGGGGAGGAUGGUGCGGACCCCACGGCCGGCGGCAGCAGCUACAAGAUAAAGUACUUUGGCUUUGACGACCUCAGCGAGAGCGACAGUGACGAAGAGGAUGGCACCCGUGUCAAAGUGAAGAGGAAGGCCAAGAAGGCUGCAGCAGCGGCGGUAGCAGCCAUGGCUGUUAGUGUGGAUAGCCCUCAGCCCAGCGACUCUCAGGACAGCCAGAGCAGCAGCAAUACAGAUAUUCUGGAGUUUUCUGAUGACUCUAAUCUUGGUGAGUCUGAAGAGCAGAAGGGUCGUUCAGGAAAACAAGCGGACACAUCCAAGGAAAUUGGCAGGAAGAUCUUCAGUGGACCAAAAAAGUCCCCUGCUAAAGCUGUGUACAAUGCUCGCCACUGGAACCAGCCUGAGCCUGAGGAGAUUCCUCUGCCACCCCUUGCCUGCGCGCACACUGCUCCGGCCAGCAUAUCGAGCGGAAGCAGCAAGGACACCAAUUCUCACAAAGACGACGGUCUGUUCAAAGCGCCUCCUCCACCGCCCAAAGUCAUCAAGUCUGUGACCAUCCCCACUCAGCCUUACCAGGACAUCGUCACGGCUCUCAAAUGCAGGAAGGAACACAAGGAGCUGUACACGGUUGUGCAUAAUGUGAAGCACUUCAACGAUGUGGUAGAGUUUGGUGAAAACCAGGAGUUCACUGAUGACUUUGAGUACCUGGAGACAGGCCUAAAGAGUAGCCAGCCACUCAACACUCGAUGCCUUAGUAUAAUCAGUUUAGCCGCAAGGUGUGCAAUGCCCAGUUUCCGGAUGCACCUACGGGCCAGAGGGAAGGUGGCUCAGGUCUUCAAGAUGUUGAAUGAUGCCCCGCUGCAUCCGAACCUGGCCCUGUGUACUGCCUCUCUGAUGUACAUCCUAAGCAGAGACAGGUUAAACAUGGACCUGGACCGGGCCAGUCUGGAGCUGAUGAUCAGACUGUUGGAGCUGGAGCACGACCACUCGGGCCACCACCAGGACCAGCUCACUGCCAAGGAGAUGACCAAAGUCAAGGAGAAGAUCCGCAAGCUGUGUGAGACGGUUCACAACAAGCACCUGGACCUGGAGAACAUCACGUCGUGUCACCUGGCCAUGGAGACCCUGUUGUCUCUGACCUCGAAGAGGGCCGGGGACUGGUUCAAAGAAGAGCUGCGCUUACUGGGAGGCCUGGACCACAUUGUAGAUAAAGUGAAAGAAUGUGUUCAGAACCUGAGCCAAGAGGAUGACAAGGAGAAGCUGGUGUCAUCGCUAUGGGGGGCAGAGAGGUGUCUAAGAGUACUGGACAGUGUGACUGUCCAGAACCCAGAGAACCAGGGCUACCUGAUCGCCUACAAGGACUCUCAGCUUAUAGUGUCCUCUGCCAGAGGUUUGCGGUACUGUGAGGACAUGAUUCAGCGCUACAGCCGGGAGGUGAAGAGCUCUCUGUGUUCGUCAGGCACGGCGCUGCCCCACUGCAGCUUCAGCAACGUGGGCAAGGCCGUUGAGGACUGCAUGAGGGCAGUCAUAGGGGUGCUACUCAAUCUCACCCACGACAAUGAGUGGGGAAGCACUAAGACUGGAGAGCAGGACCGGCUCAUCAUCACAGCACUCAACUGUGUCCUACGGGUCCCACGCUACAUACCUCAGGAACAACGCUUUGACAUCAGAGUCCUGGGCUUGGGGCUGCUGAUUAACCUGGUGGAGUACAGUGCCAGAAACCGCCACUGUCUGGUGGACAUGGAGUUUACCAGUUCAACCAGCCCUGAAGGCAACCAGGGAGAGGCAGGGGGAGAAGAGACCCAGACCCCUGAAUGCAUCCAGGGAGAGGCAGGGGGAGAAGAGACCCAGACCCCUGAAGGCAUCCAGGGAGAGGCAGGGGGAGAAGAGACCCAGACCCCUGAAGGCAUCCAGGGAGAGGCAGGGGGAGAAGAGACUCAGACCCCUGAAGGCAUCCAGGGAGAGGCAGGGGGAGAAGAGACUCAGACCCCUGAAGGCAUCCAGGGAGAGGCAGGGGGAGAAGAGACCCAGACCCCUGAAUGCGUCCAGGGAGAGGCAGGGGGAGAAGAGACUCAGACCCCUGACGGCAUCCAGGGAGAGGCAGGGGGAGAAGAGACUCAGACCCCUGAAGGCAUCCAGGGAGAGGCAGGGGGAGAAGAGACUCAGACCCCUGAAGGCAUCCAGGGAGAGGCAGGGGGAGAAGAGACUCAGACCCCUGAAGGCAUCCAGGGAGAGGCAGGGGGAGAAGAGACUCAGACCCCUGAAGGCAUCCAGGGAGAGGCAGGGGGAGAAGAGACUCAGACCCCUGAAGGCAUCCAGGGAGAGGCAGGGGGAGAAGAGACCCAGACCCCUGAAGGCAUCCAGGGAGAGGCAGGGGGAGAAGAGACUCAGACCCCUGAAGGCAUCCAGGGAGAGGCAGGGGGAGAAGAGACUCAGACCCCUGAAGGCAUCCAGGGAGAGGCAGGGGGAGAAGAGACCCAGACCCCUGAAGGCAUCCAGGGAGAGGCAGGGGGAGAAGAGACCCAGACCCCUGAAGGCAUCCAGGGAGAGGCAGGGGGAGAUGAGACCCAGAACCCUGAACAAUUCCUAGCCUCCACAGAUCCAGCUACAGCAGCCCUUACAGAGGGUGAGGCUGAGAAGAAGACCAAGGGCUCCUCUUCAAGUGCCCUGGCUGCUCUGGUGCAGUUCUUCCUGGAGCGGGAGCGAGCAGCCAUAUUGGCUGAGGCGCAGACUGAUGACCUCAUCAGCGAACCGCCCAAGCCCCAGGACCAGAGUGGGGAGUGGCAGGAGACGUCGGGCGAGAUUCAGUGGGUCGCUGCAGAAACCAACGACAGCGAGAAUGACAAGGAAAAGGACACAAAGAAAGACGAGGAAGACGAGGAGCUAGAUCUCAACAAAGCUCUGCAGCAUGCUGGGAAGCACAUGGAGGACAGCAUUGUGGCUUCCUACACAGCUCUGCUCCUGGGUUGUCUGUGUCAGGGCAGUCAGGUUAAUGUGACUACUGUGCGGGAAAACCUUCCCAAGGGAGAUUUCUCAAUCAUGACAGAAAUGCUGAAGAAGUUCUUAAAUUUCAUGAACCUUACUUGUGCAUUUGGCACCACAGGGCAUAAGUCCAUCUCUCGUGUCAUAGACUACCUGGACCACUGUUAGUGAACCCUUCUUUGCACUCUGAGUGCAGAUAAGGGGACAUCUUUUCAGAUCUGGCAACCCAACAAGGGUCCCACCAGAUCUGGCAACCUUAGCAAGGUUAUGUCAGAUGUGGCAUACCCAGCAGAACGGGCUGUACAGAGAAUCCACCAGAGAUCAUCGGUGUCCCAACAGUGUCCCCCAGCAUUGCUUCAACAUGCGUUCUCAUUCUGAAGAACAAGACACACACCACACACACAAUGGCCUGUGAUGGUUGUAGAAAAGGGAAGGUAACUGUAGAAAGCCCCUCUCUAAAUUUCAGUUCUGGUUAUGUCCAUUUGCAUAAGCUCGCAGUCAAGUUGAAAUCUUCUGGCGUUUUCUUCAGUGCAUCAUGCUUGUUUAAGUUCUUCUCACAAGGUCAUGUAAUGUAACGUCAUUCUACAUUUAAGAAAUCAUCAAUUCAGGAUGACUGUUAAUGUUAUUUAAGUCUUUGUAUUUAAAUAAUGGCACUUGAAUGCUUUUAAAAAAUUGUUUUACUCAUUGCCCUUCCAAAUUUGACUUUACAGUAAAAAAACUGAGUUUUGUGUUUGUUUUAAAUUUGCAAUUGGUUGUUUUUAUGCUGUGUGAGAUGCUUCAAGUCUCUACAGUUCCUUACCUUUUACAUGUUCCACCUAACACAUCACUUGAAGUGGUUGGAUAUAAUAACUACUGUAUGUACGGUUUUCAUUACACUCCCAGAAACCCUGGUAAACCGGACUGACCUUAAUAAUAACCAAACCUCGGCCAACUGGCAUAAUCCUCAUUGAACAUAAUUGUUGUUUGCCCAUACUGUGGGUGUCAGUGGUGGCUGGUGGCACUUUAAAUGAAGAAGACUGUCUCUUAGUAAUGGUUGGAAUGGCAACACGUUUGAUACCAUUCCAUUCACUCCAUCCAUUACUAAGAGCCGUUCUCCCCUCACCAGCCUCCUCUGGUGGGCAUUGUAUCGCACCACUUCAAGUAGCGCUGAUCCAGAACCAAGCCCAGGGUUCACCACCUGGUUCUGGGCAGCUGCAGGGGGUGCAGGUUGCAUCCAGCCCUGCAGUAAUUAUCAAAAGUCUGCACACCUAGUACCCUGUGUUGGUGAUCCCUGUCCUAACCCCAACCCCCUAGGCACCCCCAGCUCUGAGCACUGGAUAGUAAAAUGGUGACAAUUCUACCUAGUUUAUCGGAGGGAAAAGUGAAGUAACUACCAUACUGCUUUUACCUAUCCUUUCCGAUCUGCUUGUUGUGGUAGCCUCUGGACAGGGCUGUAGUGUUUCUUUACUGCCCCUUGUGUCUUAAGGCGUCAUGUUGGACAUGACCUUCCUACUCUGAGCGGUGAACCAGAACCCCUAAACCUCCUUUCAGCUACUCUAUAACUAGUCCUGUGCUCCAAUAAGAUACUGAUUGAAUGACUGCCAUACAGAUUUCAUUUCCCUCUGAUUUGUAGAGCUGCAAUUGAACAGACAUGUUACCUGCAAGUUGAGUUGCAAAUCUAGGAUGUAUUCAUUAUGACGAUUCUGUUGCAAAAUGUUUUUACAAACAAAACAAGGGUUUCUAUUGGACAAAUUCAGUUAGGUCCGUUUCGUUCCGUUUUUCUGUUUGCUUCCGUUUGGUUGUUAAACGGUUUCUGUAAUGAAAGGAAAUUCCGAAUGUAAACACCUGUAAAUAGUGGUUAGUGGAUGUUAGAAUGCUAGACUACUUUUCUGAAGCUGAUAUUUUUUAUUUUCUACAAUAUUUCUGAGUUGUCAUUUUGAAGUAAAAACAAAAAAAUACAAAGACAGCUGCAGGACGAAAAAAGUUUGUACCAGUUUUGAGGACGUUGUCUUUGAUUACAUGUAAAUAAUUGUAACUCAAAUAAAAAGUUGCUACUUUUGGUACACCA